AUGGCAAUUCGAGGUGGUGAAGUGGUCUUUGAGAGUGAUGAAGAAUCCAAACCUGGUAGACCAUGGUUAUACGAUAGAUCUAUAAUUCAUAAUGGUCGAACCAAUGCUUACUCUCUUGUAAUGGAUGGAAAACCGUAUGUUUUAGCACCAUUGAGUCCUAAAGAAGUGUGUGAAUUAAAAAGAGUUGUAAAGGAUCGAAUGGAAGCAUAUGAGAAAGAAAAACAAAAGUGUGAGAGUGCACAUGAAAAAGAGAAGGUGCCCAAGCAACAGGGGAGUUGUGUGGAAAAUAAUAAGGGGCAGGAGCAAAGAGUGGAGUUUGAAGAUGUGUUUCCCGAGGAGUUACCUAGUGGGUUGUCACCACUAAAGGGGAUAGAGCACCAAAUUGACUUAGUGCCGAGGUCAUCUAUUCCAAAUAGACCAGCUUAUAGAGUCAAUCCCGAGGAAACGAAAGAGUUGCAAUGCCAAGUUGAGGAACUACUAAGUAAAGGUUAUGUUAAGGAAAGUCUUAGUCCAUGUGAUGUUCCUGUUUUAUCAUCUGGUAUCAGAGCUUAG